AUGCUCCUCUCAGCCGUCCUUCUCCCACUCCUGCCGCUGAUCGCAGCGCUGCAGCUCCCGCACUUUCCUACCUCCCCACAGCAAGCUCUCCAGGCCGCCGAUGCGUUCCUCCACUCCGGCUCGGCCGCGACCCACCUCAGCCCAGCGAGCGAUAUCUCGCUGGCAGACCUCAAGGGAAGCGAGGAAUUUGUCACUCUGACAUCGGCGAGGCAUCCAGGUCAUUCGGUACGGAUCAAGGAGACGACGGGAUGGUGUGAUCCCGAUGUCCGAUCGUUUACGGGUUAUCUCGACGUCUCGCGAGGUGAUGGAAGAGACCUCUUCUUCUACUUCUUCGAGUCGAGGAGCAAGCCUAAGGAGGACCCAGUCAUCAUGUGGAUCAACGGAGGACCUGGCUGCAGUUCCGCUCUCGGAUUAUUCAUGGAGCUCGGACCCUGCACCGUGAACGACAAGCCUAAGUCCGCGAACGACACCACCACCAACCCGUACUCUUGGAAUCAGAACGCAAAUGUUUUCUUCCUUGACGAACCCCUCGGCGUCGGGUUCAGCCAGGGCGAGCACGGGCAAGCGGUCAAGACUACGGAAGAGGCAGCUAUGGACGUUCAGGCGUUUGUCCAGAUCUUCUUUGAUACCUUCAAGGAGUAUGAAGGAAGGGACUUCCACAUGGCUGGCGAGUCGUACGGUGGCCGUUAUCUCCCUGUCUUCGCUUCCGCUGUUCUGGACGGAAACAAGGCUCUCAAAGCUGCAGACAAGAAGCCGAUCAACCUCAAGAGUGUGAUGAUUGGGAACGGUAUUACGGACUUUUUCACCACUACUGAGUCAUACUACCCCUACCAAUGUCAGACCCAGCUCGGCCGUGAUGAGCCCGUGCAGCCAAUCGGCGAGUGCGUACGCAUGGCAGAGGCGGUACCAAGAUGCCACGAGUACACCAAGAAGGGCUGCCUCGACUCGAGCGACUAUGUCAAGUGCAGCAUGGCCAUUGAGUACUGCGAGGAGACUAUUGGCGGAUCCUUCGUUUCUGCAGGCGUCAACCCGUACGACAUCAGCAAGCCCUGUACCCUCGAAGAACUGUCCGACUCGCUUUGCUACCCCGAAACCAAGAAGAUCGGGCACUACCUCAACCUCCCCGACGUCCGCAAGACGCUCGGCGUGGACAAGGCUCACGGCCCCUGGUCUUCAUGCGACAACCUGGUCGGGACCAACUUCCACGCGUCGCUCGACCAGGUCGGCAAGACUUGGCUGUACGUCUCCAACUUGCUGGAGCGGGGUGUACGGAUCCUGAAUUACGCCGGCACCUACGACUUCAUCUGCAACCAUGUCGGAAACGAAAUGUGGAUGGAGCGCCUCGCUUGGUCUGGCAAGAAGGGGUUCAACAAUGAGAGCCUCACCGAGUGGAAGGUGGACGGAAAGGUCGCCGGAAGCUACAAGUCAUACAAUAACCUUUCGCUUCUCAAGGUCUACUAUGCCGGGCACAUGGUUCCGCUCGACAAGCCCAAGGAGGCAUUGGCGAUGCUCACUUCAUGGCUCGGAGCCAAGUCGUUCGCGGCGUAG